GCUGCUGCAGCGGUCGGCGCUCAGCAGUCAGCACGGUUGUAUAUUAUCUUAAACCGUACUGCUCAGUAAGUUAUCCAAUCGGCAAUCAUCAUUCAUCAAUAUUCAAUAGUACAUACUACAUUUCGUUCUUUGGAUCUUUUUUAAUUGGAGAAGUUGAAAGUCAAUUUCUUGACUACGAAGUUAUCACUAUUUACAUUGGCUACUCGUUUUUAAGGAUAAUUUGUAUCUACCAAUUAUUUUUAAAACAAAUAUAUAUAAACCGUUAUGGCAAUGAUAAACAAUUUUUUUCCACACAUUUUUGCCAAGAACUGAAGAAACUACCUAAGUUUGGAAAAUACCAUCAAGAUUUAAAUCAUGUCUGUAGUUCUUGAAACUACUAUUGGGGAUUUAACAAUUGAUUUGUUUACAAAAGAAAGACCUCACUCUUGCAAAAACUUUCUGAAGCUAUGUAAAUUAAAAUAUUACAACUUUUGUCUCUUUCAUCAUGUACAAUCAAAUUUUGUGGCUCAAACAGGCGAUCCAACAGGUACUGGAUCUGGAGGACAAUCAGUAUAUGGAAUUUUAUCAGGAAAAGAUGCAAGAUACUAUGAGGGAGAAAAAAAACCAAAAAUUAAACAUGAUCGACCUGGACUUGUUUCAAUGGUUAAUUGUGGUGAUAAUUUAAUUGGAUCACAAUUCUUUAUAACUUUAGGUGAAGAUACAACUUGUUCAUUAGAUGAACAUAUUGUUUUUGGUGAAAUAGCUGAAGGUCAUGAUGUAUUAUUAAAAUUAAAUGAGACAAUUUGUGAUGCUACACAUCGACCAUAUCAGGAUAUAAGAAUCACACAUACAGUCAUCUUGGAAGAUCCAUAUUCUGAUCCUGAUGGUUUAAUUGUACCUUGUCAAUCUCCUGAACCACCAUUAGAAGUACUUCAGAGCGAUAGAAUUGGAGCAGAUGAAGACAUCACUGAAGAUAUAGAUAUUGAAGAAUUAGAAGAAAAACGACAAGAAAAAGAAGCUCUAGCUCGUGCUACCAUUCUUGAAAUAGUUGGAGAUUUACCUUCUGCUGAUAUUGCACCUCCUGAAAAUGUUUUAUUUGUGUGUAAGCUAAAUCCAGUAACCAGUGAUGAUGAUUUACAAAUAAUAUUUAGCAGAUUUGGUAAAAUAGUAAGUUGUGAAGUUAUUAGAGAUAAAAAGUCUGAGAAUUCUCUUCAAUAUGCUUUUGUUGAAUUUGAUAAUCAAAAAUCAUGUGAAGACGCUUACCUGAAGAUGGACAAUGUACUAAUUGACGAUCGCCGAAUUCAUGUAGAUUUCAGCCAAAGUGUAUCAAAAAUUAAAUGGUUAGGCAAAGGACGAGGAGUAAAAUACACUGAUAAAGAUGAUGAAGGAAAAAAUAUAAGUGAUAAAUAUUCUAAGUACAGAAAUAAGAAAAGAGAUAGUCAUGUCUCAAGAAAUAAUUACAUUAAAAAUAAAAUGUCAAUUCAUGAAUCAAAACGUCAUAGAAAUGAUGAUAAAAACUAUAGAUAUCGAGAAAGUGAAAAAGAAGAACGAGUACCCUAUAACAAAUAUGGGAGAAAUGAUAAAGAUGAAAACAGAAGACGUGAAAAGGAUGAUAAAAUGAAAAAAAAUUACAGAAAUGAAGGAGAAAGGAAAAACCAUAGAAACGAAAGAGAUGGAAAAAAUGAAAAGGACGACAAAAAUAAAAGAAGUAAUAGAGAUGAUAGAAAUAAAAGAAGUGAUAGAGGCGACCGAACCAAAAGAAGUGAUAGACAUGAUAGGGAUAGUCGUAGAUAAGUUAGUAGAUAAUGAGAAAUUAAUAAAACAGUUGAGAAUGACUAAUUAACCAAUUAUGUAUUUAUAUAUAUUGGCAGAAAACUAUUAAGCUUAAAAAUUACUUAGAAAAUGUAUACACUAAUAAAUUUUAGUUGUUACAUUUUUAUUAAAAGUAAAUACAUUGGUACUUGUACCAAAUAUUGAAAACCAUAUAAUAUAGUCUAGUAAAUGACCUCAUAUCAUAGGUAUUUAAGAUUUUUCUUUAUUAAUAUAAAAAUAUAUGGUACGGGCAGUAAAUUUAGUACUUAUUUAUCUUAAUACAUGUAUCAUGUAUCAUGUGUAUUGAAAAUGCAUUAUAUUUUUUUAAUUGAUAAUA